AUGGAAGCCAGCCAUUGCCUUUCGAAGCCCCGAAGCGCAUUACAAUAUAAGCCUGUCCACACCAGCGGCUCUGUUGACCCCAAAUAUCAUUUAUGCGGAAGUAUAAUCCUGCUUUAUUUUAUCUACCAUGUGUCUCUGUUCCGUUCAAGCAAUGCGAAUAGAGCUUUGGUUUCUCUCUUAGCCAAGCUCUUUUGUUUUGGAACUUCUACGACUUGCCACUACAUGCUUGACUCGGCAAAGCAGCUCCCUUCUUUCUACAUUCUGCUGGACCAUAUUGAAAUUAUUCUACACAUAUGGGGAACAUCUGUAUCGGUCUUGCUUUUAGAGACUACUGGUAGCGGGAACAUCAAUUACAUUGUGUUGGGAGUCACACUCGGCGGCGUGCUUUGUGCCACUUAUUUGAUAACCUGGCCAAGAGAAAAGAAUGAACGAGUGCUGGUUGCAGGAGGAUUUGGAGGAUUGGCUUCAUGCAGCGUCUCGAUCUACAACGCUAUUUUUUCGAGUAUAUCUCGACUGACGGCAUCCUACAUUUUUAUGGGUUUGGUUAACGGCAUCGGGGGAUGGUUAUACUCCCGUGGGUCUAAGCAAGUCCUGAGCCAACGUUCACCCAAAUCUUUUACUGUGUCGGGGCAUUUGUUGAUGCACCUAUGUUCCCUGAUUUCAUCCGUAUUUCACGCCACAAUUCUGGUUUCUUCUGUUUGUAUUUGUCAGACUUGA